UUUUAGUUAGGAGACAUAAAAUUUUGGAAAGUAAGUUUACUUGUCUCUUCAAAAUGUCGUAUUUUUUGCAAAGUAAAUUUUGGAUAUUAGAUGAAUAGAUGGGAAUGAGAUAAAAGAAGUUGGAAAGCGAGGGAAGUGGUGAGUCUACGAGGCAAGGAUGGCUUUGUUGCUGCAUUCUCCCUUUCCCCCAUCUCUCUCUCCCCGCUCACAUCUCCACCCGAAUCCUAACCCUAACUCUGCUCCCAAUCGUUUCUUCCUUUUCGUCAUUCCCGUCACUUAUAAUGCCGCUUUUCGAUUCUCCGCUCACCAUCGUCUGCUUCCAUCGCCCUCCCCUGCCAUCCCCUGCCGUCAUUCCUUACUAACAACCCCUCUUCAGCUGCCGGGGGCUGCUCUGCGCCUCGCCGUUUCGGUGCUGCUGUUUCUCUGCUUCAGCUUCUGCCUCGGCGGCGUUCGAGCUUGUUCGGCAUCUAUGCCCUCUGUUGCCACCGCUGCUUCCUCCGUUAACGAGGACCAAACGGUUCAAGAUGAUGGCGAUGAAGGAAAACAUGAUAAUGAAGAAAAUGUGGAACUAGAAGCAGCUUUUAAUACUUGGAAAUCCAAAACAUUUGCAUUGACUGUUCCUUUGAAAGUUGUUGCUCUACGCGGUUCUCUGCCUCCUUCGUGGAUCAAGGACUUCAUAAAUUCUCAAGGAAAGAGAUUAAAGUUUAAUGUGAAGUAUCAUGCCAGUCUUGAUGGUAUCUUUUCUGAGCUAUCAAUUCCUUUUACUAAAGGAAAUCUCGGGCCUGCCUCUGCUUUGGCAGCAGAUAUUGUUGGAAUUGGUGAUUCAUGGCUUAAAUUUGCCAUUAAAAAAGCUAUAAUUGAGCCAAUAAGGGAUGUAGAAGAUCAGGAUUGGUUUAAAGGCUUAGAUGAGAAAUGGAAGGUAUAUCUACGCAGGAACUGUGAGGGAGAAAUGGAUCCUAAAGGUGACAUAUGGGCGGCUCCGUAUAGAUGGGGCUGCAUGGUAAUAGCAUACAAGACAAAUAAAUUUCAAAACCAUAAGUUGGCUCCUAUAGAGGAUUGGGAAGAUCUGUGGCGGCCUGAUCUUGCAGGGAAAAUUGCAAUGGUUGAUUCUCCUAGAGAAGUUGUUGGUGCAGUUUUGAAGUAUAUGGGGGCUUCCUACAAUGCAAAGAAUAUCAACUUGGAAGUCAAUGGUGGGAGAGAUGCUGUCAAGCUCAAUUUGGCAUUGCUUGCAAAACAGGUCCGAUUGUUUGAUAGUGUAAACUACCUAAAAGCUUUUGGAGUUGGAGACGUGUGGGUAGCUGUUGGAUGGAGUAGUGAUGUUAUCCCUGUUGCUAAGCGCAUGUCUGAUGUUGCAGUUAUUGUUCCAAAGUCUGGAGCAAGUUUAUGGGCGGAUCUCUGGGUAUGUCUCUUAUAUGCCUUGUCUCCAGGAUUCAAACAAAUCAGAUUGGUGGGCGCAUCAGGGGACCAUCCCCAUUAAUCCAUCAGUGGAUAGAGUUUUGUCUUCAGGCUGCAAGAGCACUGCCUUUUAAGCAGGAGGUAAUCCCAGGUGCCUCUCCCUCUCAAAUUCAAGAUCAUUCAGCCAAUAUGCCUGUGAACAUGGAGUUUACCAAGGGUAGGCCAAGGCUAAACACCAAUCUCAUUGAUGGAGCACCACCUCUGGACAUUAGAAAAAGGUGCGAGUUUCUCGAGCCUUUAUCUGACUCAACACUGUCGGAUUAUCACUGGUUGCUUGCCUCUAUCCAAGAACCUGGCAAUGGGUUGGUACACAAAAUGUAUCAGUACAUCUCAAUGGUGGCUAAAUCUUCUGGGUGGUUUGGUUCAAAACAGACAUGAAUACGGAGCUGCUAGCUGUGGAAUGGCUAUAGAGGAUAUAUAUCUUAAUGGUGAAUGGUCUGGAAUUUCCAAAGCUGGCCAUUUAGUUUGAAGAUCGUGGAAGUCCAUUUUCAGUAUUACCGGCUUAGAGGUUGUGGUCAAGCCCCAGUAAUGUUAUAUUUUUCUUAGAUGUACAUCGGGUUCUUUCAAUGUAAUUUUUCUCACUUAAUGUUACUUUUAUAUAUAUACUGUCAAGUGAACACAAUCAUGAGCUGUUGGUUCUUGACCAAGGUUCAUUGAUAGGUGAAUGCAACUAACUGUAAAAUCCCUACAAUACCCUUACUCCUCUUUUUUCCAUUACUCCUCUUUUUUCCAAGCCAAACCCUAAUCCUCUUCUAACACACACAACACACCCCUGAGAAUGAAAGAAAGAAAAAGAGACAGAGAAGAGAACCAAGACACCAGAGAGAGAAAGAGAAGGAGGUGUGCCGUGCCUUGUUGCCGUCGCUGAAGCAUCCAUCGUCGCUGUGGUUGCUUGGGUCAUCGUCGAAGGGAGCCGUUGCUAAGCUUGAGAGAGUGAAUGAGGGAGCUUCUUAGAGAGAGAAGGGGUUCAUGGAGGAGGAAGAACCGCGAUGAGGGAAGAAGGGAGGGCCGCCUCCGUCACAGACAAGCCAUUGCCAUUGAGGCUGCCGCUGUCUCUGUUGGGGGGCCGCCGUCAUUGCUGAAUGAAGGAGAGUUUGAGCUGGCCAGAGAAGGGAGGAAGAGAGGGUCGCAAUGAAGGAGCCGUUCACCAUCGUCGCGUCUGCUGUUGUCAUCACCGACGUCACUACUAAUGAACCAUCUCACUCCCUGUUUUGGUCUUGCCCAGCUCCACACUCCCUUCAUUCUUGUCUCUGAAUCAGCACCAUUUUCCCUUAUUCUGACUCCAUUUGUGAAACUGUAAUGCUUCCGCCUUUAGUCUGCUGCAUUUUGUUCUUUUCUUACAUGCUUUUGUUUUAAUUGCAAUAAUAUAUGUCUCUGUUUUAGUACUA